UCAACCAUGGCAUCUUCAACCUCAAAGCCCCAUCCUUCUUCCAGCAGCCUUACACGAACAUCCAGAAUCACAACGAGACUUUUCGCCUACUCCCGCAUCAUUCUAGGUGCAGCAAGCGUGCUCGUCCCACACUUCACCUGCUCCCUCUUUCAAUUCCAAAUCUCCAAUGAAACGGCCACAGUUGUACGCCUCUUUGGAGUGCGUGGUAUCGCCCUUGGCUCACUCCUCAUGGCUUCACUUGAUGAGAAGAUGGUGUGGAGGAAAGUGCUUCGCGCCAAUGUGGGAUGCGAUGUUAUUGAUAUCGGUAGUCUUGCAUUUGCGGUUAUGAGUGGGCAUUUGGAUCUGAUGCCUGGAAUGUUUCUUGCUGGGGGUGCGGCAUCCCUAGUCUGCUUGGGUGGAUGGGGUUUAGGGAGUUCGUAA